CCUGUUCCAAAUCGCCCUCGUUCUUCUUCUUCUCUCUAAUAAUUCUUGUCCUUCCCUUUCUGCCUUUCUCCCUCUCUUUCUCUUGGUUACAAAAAUCAAAAGAUAUAAAAAGCGAGGAGGAGAUACCGCUCGUUUAUUCUUUGAUUCGAUCGAACCCUUUGAUUACGAAACCGAUCCCAAUUUCCAGUUCUCCCACCUUGUUGAAGUUCUUUAGGUUUUGGCAAAUCGAAUUGCUAUGGAGAACAAUUACAGCGGCAGCAACACCGCCAAUUCGAAGUCGGGUUCGGAAGCAGAACCCAAGCCUAACGACCCCGCCGUUAGGGAACAAGAAAACAAUCUUCCUAAAGACCCUAUUGUCCCAGCUCCGGUGACUAAUGGAGAAGCGGCGACCGCAGCAGCAGCGGUGGAAGAAGGUGGAGAGGAAAGCGACGUCGUCGACCUCGAGGAGGAGGACGACGAGGUAGAAGAAGUAGAAGAGGAAGAAGACCGACAGCAGGAGGCGGCUCCUGCUCGCCAGUCUGCCGCAAGGACUCCUUUCACUAAUCUUAGUCAGGAAGAUGCUGACCUCGCUCUCGCUCGUACCCUCCAAGAACAGGAAAGAGCAUACAUGAUGCUAAGUCGUGCAUCGAUGAGCCUAGAUGGAGAGACUGAAUGGGUAGGAGGUGGAAGCUAUUUGGGAGAAGAUGAAGACGAUGGAGAUUUUGAUGACCCUGAUGAUGUCAGUGAUGGAGAUGAGUAUGAUGAGCAUGAGUAUGGUGAAAGUGGAGAGUUGGGUGAGGAUGAUGUCGAUGCUUUUGACGUCCAUGCUCGUGCUGAAGUUGUUGAUGAUGAUGGUCCCAACCUUGAAGAAAUUGACCCUUCUGCAUUUUCGAGUGAUGAGGCUUAUGCUAGAGCGUUACAGGACAACGAAGAAAGAGAGAUGGCUGCAAGACUGUUUGCCCUUGCUGGGAUAAAUGAUAACAAUUUUCCUGUGGCUAAUAGGCAAGCCCUGGAUGUGCAGGAUACAUGGGAGGAAGUUGACCCAGAUGAACUUUCUUAUGAGGAGCUGCUUGCUCUGGGAGAAGUAGUUGGAACUGAAAGCAGAGGGCUGUCAGCCGAUACCAUUGCCAACCUCCCCAGCGUGAACUACAAGUCCGGAAGCAACGAGAGUGGAACUAGCGAUUCGUGUGUGAUAUGUCGGUUGGAUUAUGAGGAUGAAGAGACCGUGACGGUACUCUCCUGCAAACAUUCGUACCACGCAGAGUGCAUCAACAAUUGGUUGCAAAUAAACAAGGUAUGUCCUGUUUGCAGUACAGAGGUUUUGACGGUGGCCGGAGGAAGCCAGUCGUCCUAGCUUUUGUGAUAGGUAAUGUCUGGAGGGACAGCUCCGUUGAGGGGGAAGGGUAGCGGGAAGCCUAGGACAUUUGAAUACUGUAUUUCAGUGUAUAUGUAAUUGUAGGGUAUGAUUCUGGGAUUUAAGUUUCCGCAUGAGACAUUAUUUCUCCGACCUGGUGUUUCGAAAGUGGGGAAAAGAGAUCACUUCUGGUUCUGGGAAUUUGUCGGUGGUUUCGUCGUUUUCUCUUUCUCGUGAUUUCUGAAGGCGGGGAAGUAACGUCUCUGUUCGGCUUUUCUUUUCUUUUCCUGAAUCAGGCACCAAGCCACCAACACAUGUUUGUUCACCCUUAUCGUUUCACAAGUUACUUGACGUGAGAUUAUUCUCUUUAA